AUGGACGGCAUCAGCGCCGCGGCAAGCGUGGUGGCUGUAUUCCAGCUUUCCAAACUACUGAUGCAAUCCUGUAUCGAAUACUGCGAAGACUUUAAGAAUGCGAAAGACGAUUUGCGGCGUCUUCGACAAGCAGUGACGGAACUCCGCGACGCCCUCGAAGAUUUGAAAGAUAUCUACGACACAGCGGACACUGUAGAGCUCUCUGCCCUUGCUCGAUUGAUGGAGAAAGAUGGAAUAUUCGCGCAGUGCAAAACUGCAAUGGAAGCUAUCAUGAAGGAGCUCGAUGGCUUUACCGUGUCGAGCAAGGCAUCCUCUGAACAGCUCCGCAAGUGUCUCAAGUGGCCUUUCAACAAAAAGAAGAUGGAUGAGAAGAUUGAGGCUCUACAAAAGCAUCGUAAUGCAAUUCAACUUGCAUUAGCUUCAGACCAACUAUCGGUAACGUUAUCCACUGAGGCCCACGUCCUCGCCAUGCGCGCCGAUACGGUAACACAACAAGCCAUGGAAUUUCGCGAAAAGAUAUUGAGAUGGCUCCCGGGCGCUGAUACAUCCUCGAAUUAUCAGGCGGCUCAAGAACAACACCACAAGGGAACGUGCAGUUGGCUAUUUGGGACGCCGGAGUAUCGUGAGUGGAAAAGUUCACCGCGUACUUUUCUAUGGCUUUAUGGCAUCCCUGGUUGCGGAAAGACUGUUAUGAGUUCUACAGUCAUCCCUGACCUCAAUGGAAAAUACGAGCCUCAGAACAUCCCAAUCGUGACCUACUUUUAUUUCAGCUUUGGUUCGAAAAGAGACGGAACGAACUUCCUUGCGUCUCUCAUACAACAACUGCUAAGCCAGUCGAGAGAUUACCAGUUUCCGGAAGAACUGAGGCAACUAUAUCGUCGAAAACAAGACGGGAACGCAGCUCCCAGCUCGAAAGAUCUGGUCCCAAUUUUGAAAAUCAUAUUGGAGUCAUUCUCACGUAUCGGCUUGGACGUUUUCGUCAUCAUAGAUGGCUUGGACGAGUGCCCUAAAGGCGACACUAGGAAUGCAGUACUUGGGCACCUCAAUUCCGUGGCUGCGUUCGACUGCAAUUGCUUGCACCUUCUUGUAGCAAGUCGACCGGAGCACGAUAUCAAGAAAGCCCUGGAGCCGUUACUCACAUUCAAGCCUCUCUCAAUUGACGAGAUCCACGUUCGAUCUGACGUCGCCUUGUAUGUGCAACACGAGAUUUCUGAUGACCCCAAAUUGAGAAAGUGGGAGGGCAAACUGGCACGGGAAAUUGUGUUAACGUUGGUAGAGAAAUCUAAUGGCAUGUUUCGUUGGGUAUACUGCCAACUCGUCGAACUUCGUAAAUGCAAAUCACCAGCCAAGCUGAAGAAAGCAUUGCAAACGCUUCCACAGACUCUGGACGAAACAUACACCCGAAUUCUAGACAACAUGGAUGAGGAUGACAGAGAAAUUACCCAAAGAGCGUUGGCAUGGCUAGCGUUCAAGUUAGACUCGCAUAAUCUAACUUUAGAGGUACUGGCCGAGGCAGCUGUGGUAGAGACGUCACAAGAUGUGCCCUUUGAUCUGGAUAACCGAUUGCAAGACCCAGAAGGGGAUAUUUGCGAGAUACUUGGAAGCCUAAUUGUGCUCGACCAAAGCGCUGAAAAGAAGACCGUUAUCCGCCUCGCACACUUCAUUGUCAAGGAGUAUCUACUAUCGGAAAGAAGUGUUAAAUACGGCAUUACUGAGCAGUGUGCUCACGCAUGCAUAGCUCGAGCGGGGAUUUCUUAUCUCAGAAGUCUGUGCCGGUUGAUCAAAACCCCCGGAGACUGGAUGAAUCAUAGUUCAUCCUUUCCCCUUUUACCGUACCUAACAAACUACCUCAUGGGCGAUAACCGGCAUAUUGUGCGCGGACAUCAAGAAAGCUGCCCGGGAUUAACAUCACUCUUCAUGGAUCUUUUGCACUCUCCAGAGGUUUACAAGACACUUUUUUAUCCAUCAGACACAAACUACAUAGUUCAUUCAGCCUCCAGCUGGGGCUACACAGAGGUAGUGAGGGCGCUGCUGGAAGAUGGCCAAAAUCCCACCAGAGCUACGCCCAACAACGGGCAAACUGCCUUACAUUGUGCUGCGUCCUUUGCUAAAGAAGACGUAGUAAAGAUUCUGCUCGAAUAUGACGUUCAGAUCGAUGCCAGGAAUGCGGACAGGUACACACCUCUUUGUUCUGGGAACGGAUUGAUUGACAUAGUUCAACUCCUGAUACAGAAAGGACUGAAUGUGAACGAAAAGUCUCCCAAGCGGAAAACUACGCCUCUCUUCUGGGCUAUUACUAGGCACCAAAAAGAGACAGUAAAGUUGCUUCCAGAUCAUGGCGCCGAGACGGAUUGUGAAACCUUAUUGGGAGAAACACUCUUCAUGGCCGCCUGCAGUCAAGUCGAUGUUGAGAUAAUUGCCAUGCUACUCGAACAUGGCGCUUCCCCGAAAAGACUCAUGGAAGAUGGGUCGACGGUCUUGCACAGCCUACGUAACAAUAUGGGAACAGCGUUAACCGUAUAUACGCACUUUCAUCUCGGUUCGCUUAAGUCUACGAUUCGGCUUUUGAUAAAACACGGCGUGGAUGUCCAGGCUAAGAAUGACAAAGGACAAACUGCUUUGGACUUGUUUCGCCGAUGGGAUGAUAAGGCUGUUGUAGAAGACGUGGAGCGGAUCCUGAUUCAGGGAUCGACGGAGGAAGGCCUAGUUAUUGAAGAAUGA